GCCGGGCGGGCGCUCGGGAUGCUCGGGCAGCGCCGCGGGCCGGGCGGGCGCGAUGGAGCCGCCUGAGGGCUGGGACCCCUACGGGCGGCCGGCCCGGCGCACGCAGUGGCUGGUCAGCGCCCUGGCCUACCACUACGGGCUGGACCGCGGCGUGGAGAACGAGAUCGUCGUGCUGGCCACCGGCCUGGACCAGUACCUGCAGGAGAUCUUCCACCACCUGGACUGCGCCGGGGCGGGCCGCAUCCCCGGCGAGGACUUCCGCACGCUGUGCCAGGUGCUGGGGCUGGAGGAGACGGCGGAGCCCGAGGAGUGCGCGGGGCUGUGGGACGGGCUCUCGGCCGAGCUCACCUUCCGCCAGUUCCACGCGCGGCUCUGCGGCCACUUCAGCACCCGCGCGGGGCCGCGGCUGCCGCUGGGCCGGGAGAGCGAGCACAUCGAGACGCAGAUCCGCCUGCGCAGCCCCCGCCGCCGCCGCCGCGCCGACCGCGGAGCCGCGGGCAGUGCCGAGCGGCGGCCGCCGGGGCCCUGCUCCCGAGACUGCUACGAAGAGAUCGUGGCGCUGGAGCAGGCCGAGGACCGCAUCGCCAAGCUGGAGGAGGAGAACGGCAGCCUGCGGGAGCUGGUGGAGGACAUGCGCGCCGCCCUGCAGAGCAGCGAUGCGCGGUGCCUGGCGCUGCAGGUGGGGCUGCGGAAGAGCCAUGCCAGCCAUACAGAAGAAGGAUCCUGCUUCGUAGGGAGUAAGAGACCAUUAACACAGAAGCACUCCCAGACCAAGUGCCUCCAAAGUGUCCUGGAGGAAAUGGAGCUCAUCCGGAGCUCCAGGGAUGGGCAGAUUGAAGAAGCCAUCAGGUUCAAUCAGGAGCUGGAGAAGGAGCUGAAGAGCUCUCAGGAAGCUCUGGUCAGCCUGGAAGAUUGCAACCGUAACCUGAAGAGGGAGCAGGCAGAGAUGAGGAGGAAGGUGGAAGAGGCCAGACAUGCUGUCCUGAACAGUCUUGGCAAAGUGAAGGAGCUGGAAGUGAGAGCGAACGAGGUACCACAUCUGCAAAUAUACAUCCAGCAGCUGGAGUCACAACUGCAGCACUACAGGUCGGAACUGCAGCGAUGCCAGCUUGCCCAGCAGAGCAGCCCCGAGCAGCAGCAGCAGCAGCAGGAGGGAGCAGCCGUGCCCGCGGGCACCCGCGGAGCGUCCGAGGCACCGCCGGGCACCGCCGACCACGCAGAGGAGCAGCUCUUCCGCUCCGUGGAGGGCCAGGCUGCCUCGGACGAGGAGGAGGAGAAGUGGGCAGGGGACCGGGCUCCCCAGCUGGGCCACGUGAAGAAGAUCCUGGCCAAGCUCCCUUGCUGUGGCAGUGGAUGUGAUGAAAAGACGUGGAGAAAGCUGCUGUCCUACCUGGAGACCACCAGCACUGACGGGAAGGACCCUGGGGAGCUCUCGGGGAGAAUCUCCCCCCUCACAGAGCAGCCAGAACUCAAGGGCCACCAAGAGAAAAAACUGGAAAUAAGCAUGGAAGAGAUGAAAGGCCCCUGGCUCGGGGAGCUGCAGCAGAAGGUGGAGGAGACAGAAGUGCUGAAGAUGGAGCUGCAGAUGUUGGAGACAGAGAGGGUUCGGCUGUCCCUGGUGGAAGAGAAGCUCCUGGAUGUUCUGCAGCUUCUCCAACAACUCCGAGACUUGAACAUAUCGAAGCGAGCCUUGGGGAAAAUCCUGCUGAGCACUUUGGAAUCCUACCGUGACCCCCAGCCUGGCAAAGCCCAGCUGUUUGAAGUGCUGGACACCCUUCAGCAGGAGCUGGCAGCCUGUGAACUGUUGCACAAGCAGCCCAUGGAGCAGGCACAGAGCCCACGGUCCCUGUCCAACCCCCUGAUGAUCUCCUGCUGAGCCCAGCCUGCCCCAGGACAGCUGGAAGGAGGAAUGAGGGACAUUUGUCCAGCUCAGCCACACCUGGACUGGCCAGGAGCGAGGAGUGACCCAAGGGAAGAGCACCAGCCCUGGGCUGGGCACAGCCCUGCCUUACCUGGACUGCAAAGCCCAGCCCUGGGGUGCCCCUGGGACUGGGCUGGCACCCAGCUGUGCCCACCACACCCACCUGACCCACAGGGAUUUAAGCCCUGGCUAUGCAGGGGCUGGGCACAGUUUGCAACCUUUGUGGAAGCCCCAGCCCAAAGCCAAGGCAGCCUGUGCUGUCCCUGGAUUUGUUGUCCCUUACCCUACAGGUGACAAACUGAAUGAUAAACACACCCAGGAGUGUGUGCCAGCAGUGCAGCUUUUAAGGGCUCUGUGUUUCUCACUCAGUUACUCACUUUAUUUAACUCUGAAGCUAGACUUUUUUAUUGCUCUGCUGAAUUUUAUAUUUGCAAUUAUAGAGAUGCCUUAGGAAUAUGCAGCAGCCUUUCCUAACAACAGUCAGAUUUUACGUAAGAAGUUAAAUUUAAGUGCUUGAAGAAGGUCCAAAGCAAUCUUGUUCCCAGGCUCUCAUGGAAAGGAAGGGCUGAAAAAUUCACUUUGCUGUCAUUCUGUGUUAGCAAACAACUCGUGCAGUGCACAAGUGAGUUCUAAAGUUUAAUUUCCCUCAGUGCAGCUGCAGAGACACAAAAUUAGGCCCCGCAUGGAAGCCAGUUAAUGUAAAGAGCUGGGCCUAAUUGUGGUGCCAUGGGAUGUUUUAAUCAGCAAUAAAAUAAUUCCUGGGGCAAAAAUAAUAAUAAUAAAAAAGGUUUCUUCCAAGGUGCUUUUGCUUUGUCAUUCACCUGCCAAACAGAGGCAGAAUUCCUAAAAGAGCCAGCUGAAUUUAUGUUACUGAAAAGAUGCACUGUGGAUCUUUUAAGAAUGUGAAAUGAUUUGCCUGAGAUAAUGCCAGUGAUGAAAUAAGAUCAUUCAACUGUACGUGUAUGGAUUUUUCCCAGGAGAAAGGUUUUUAUACAGGAAUGAGGUCCACAAUGCAAGGUGGGGAAUAAGAUUUCCAUUCCUUUCCAUUCAGAACACACUGUGUAGCUCACACACACCUCCACUGAAAAUUGUGGCCCCUUUGAGCCACAUUGGGAACAAAAAUUUGUAUUAUUUUAAUUUCAUUUUAAACGAGAAAAAAAGUAUUAUGCAAACAAUGAAACAAACUCUGGUUUACCUCGUUGGGUUUUUUUUUUUUUUUUGUAUUUUGGGGUUUUUUUUGUGGUUUAGCAGAGGAAGAUUUUAAGAAUAGAUAUAUAUUGUUACUGUACAUUUUUCUUAAAGAUACAUUAGACAGGACAUAUAUACAUAGAACCCUCUAAGAAAGAAAACUGUCUCUUAAUGCUAAAUAUAUUACUAACAAAAUACCAGAGCAUAAUAUACUAUUUCUGAAUAUAUACGAGGUACAUGCUACUAUUAUGUCCUACAGAAACAUCCUUCAGUUGUGCCACAGGUAAGAGUUUAAAUAAGCAGAAAUCAGAUCCCUGCUUGGCUUCAUUUGCUAAAAAUCACAUAAAGUACCAGCUGAUGUUGUGUGCAGCUCUCUCAGACUUUCCCAGGAAUAUGGCAGAGGUGCAAAGAGGGAAAAUGCCAGGAAAUCAUGAAAUGAGCCUGACCUGUGUGUUCAGGAGCAGGAUUCUAAUGCAGGUACACACCUCAUUUACUGCAGGGUCCCUGCAGCAUUUGGGUUUGUCACCAUCUGGACCCUUUUUCCUGUUCCCGUGUUCCCCAAACCUGGCAGUCUAUUUCUCACAGACAUUGCAUUUCCUUAGAUCCCCACAAACUCACUUUUAGUUUAUUAAUUUUCUAUUAUAUCCACAAACUGACCCUAAAAGGAAGCUUGGAUAUUUUCUCCCCUGACCUCCACCAUGAAGUUUUUGUUUUUUUUCCCACAAAACAAACUUUCACAUUUGACUUCAUCUUCAAUGUCCCUUCCCCUCCCAACGCCCUCCUCACUUCUCAUUUGGCAAAUUUCUCCCUGGGAUAACCUUUGAGGGGUUCACACUUCUAGCACAAAUGACAUUUUCCAAGGAGAGUUUCCUCCUCCCAUGAUUUUUUCAUUUAAUGGAGGCAUUAACUAUUAGUAAAUUAAAGUCCACCUGAUGUGUAAAUUUAUUUAAUAACUGUCCCAUUUAUUUAUGAAGUUCUCUCUGGAGUAUUUGGCAGUGAGAACUCAUCACAGAUGUUACUCUGAGUCACAGAAUUUUUGCAGCAGAUCAGAGUGGCCUUGUCCAGCCAGAGCUGCUCCGAGGGGUUCAGUGCAUCUGUGCACACUUUGGGAGGAAAAAACCCUGGAAUUCAAACUCUCCCCUUUCCUAUUACUGUCCUUGAUCUGUUACAUGGUGAUGGAAGGAGCUGGGAUUAGGAAGAAAGGAACAGUUUUAAAAUAAAAAUGGAAUAAAAUGGAAUUGCUCAGUGUGAGAGUGACACUAAACCUUCACAGGGUGCAUGUGACAUGUGGCAUUAUCAGCCACAGGGAGGGCCUCUCUCAGAUUUAUAAUUUCAUGGAGUUUAAGACACUGAUUCCUUUAGUAUUUACACUGUCUUAUUUUCUUAAUAAUUUUAUGUAUAAUUCCCCAAAAUACAAAAGCUAUAGAGUAUAUUUCCUAGUGUGAAAUUAAAUUAAAAUAAUCCUUAUGUCCUUAAUUACACUUUACUUUCAAAAGACUGGGAUUUUCAGAGGUUUUGGGUUUCUAUUCUACUUUUCUGUCUCUUUGCCUCAGCAUGCCAAAAUAGCUCAAAUUCAUUUUGCCCCCUCAACUUUUUUCAGAUUACCUCAAGGCUGAAAUCAUCACACCCAAACCUGGACUGAGGUACCCAUAGGGGAGCUCAGCUUAGCAAAACAAAACCUCCUUGUUUUAUGCAGCUCGCUCACUUCUUCACUUAAAGGGGUGUCUGAAUUACAGCAAACUUCCCUGAAAUGAGACUCACUCCUUUAAUGACAUUAUUUCCUAAAAUGCUUCUAUUUUUCUGAACUGUAACAAUUUCAGACUCUGUCUGGAGAAUUGCCUGAUCCCCCACCCAUUUCCAGACUGUAGAACAAGAGAAAGAAAAGGCUCAGAGGAAUUAGAAAAUUCCUAAAUUGGCAUUUUAGACCCAGUCUACAGCAAAUCCAAUUCAUGGCCAUUAUUACUCCUGCCAAUACACCCAUAUUUUUGUUUAAUGAAACUCCCAAAACCAUAGCAGAGUGUCAGAAUCAGGAGGAAAAGGUCUCCUUAAAUCCCACCUCUGCCAAAACCUGCAGCACGGAACACAGACAGCUGUUUGGGUUUAAGUUCAGUAAUAAGUAAAUAAUAGGAAAAUAGGAAAUAAAUAAUAGGAAAUAAAGCAGAAUUAACUCUGCAUGAAGAGAAGGCUCUGGGGAGAGCUGAGAGCCCCUUCAAGGGGGCUCAGGGAGGCUGGAGAGGGCUUUCCAUGAAGGUAUGGGGUCAGGGGCAAGGGGAUGGCUUUAAGCUGAGAGUGGGGUUAGAUGGGAUCAUGAGAGGAAAUUCUUACUGUAAGGGUGGUGAGGCACGGGAACAGAUUGUCCAGAGAGGUUGUGGAAUGUUCCAGCCUGGGCUUGGAGCAGCCUGGUCUAGUGGAAGGUGUUCCUGCCAUGGCAGGGCCUGGAAUGAGGUGAGCUUUAAGGUCCCUUCCAACCCAAACCAUCCUGUGAUUCCAUGAAUAUCCCACAAAUUGUCCUGUACUGCUCCUGUAAGCACUGCUCCUACUCGGGGUGUAAUUCCAUCUCAUCCUCACUGCCCCUACUCAGUGUGUAACACCUCCUCAUCCUCACUGCAGGGGAUGGGCAGCCCAAAUUCUUCCCUCCAGGGAGCUUCCCCUGGCUCACAGUGGGCAGGACUCAAACCCCAGGGGGCUCCUUGUGUUCCCUGGGGUGCACAAACCAAAUUACAUUCUUAAUUACUGGUUUCUGAUUCUGCCUCGAAGAGCUUGAGGUAACUUAUCUCUGUCAAGGAGUAAACAAGGACUGUGGGAUGACAGUGAAAAAUUAUCACUAUUCAAGUGGUUUCACCCACGUGCACCCUGCAAAGCAGAAAGGUCAUGAGAGCUGAGGGUUUGGGUAUUAGAGUUUGAGAUAAUUUCUGUACUUCAAGGUUUUAUUGUUUGAUAGCCUUGGUUUUGCUGAUUGCUUCUCAUAGGCUUUUUUUUUUUUCACAAUUACAAGUGGAAAAAUGGUCUCUAACAAAGGCAAGGUCCAAUCUUUUGUGAGAAAUUUUCUACCUCUUGAGGUUGCCAAAAACAGAUAAAGAAAGAAAAGAGAGAAAAUAUGUGGAGGCUGAUACAAUUUGACUUAAAAUACCAUUUAGAUAAAAAAUGCUAUUUUGAAAUAAAGAACAUGCAAUACCCAUGGGAGGAUUUUUUCCUUUCUGAGCUGAUUGUGGGAAUCAAGUCCAUUGCACAGGCAGUGCCAGCCCAGCACACAGCAGGACGAGCUGCUUUCCUGUCAGGCUCUGCAGCUCCAGCAGCAGAGGGGACAGCAGAAGUCAGAACAGGCUCUAAUUGCUUAUGAGCAAACAUCUGUCAUGCCCAGGGCUGAGACACACCGUGACUCACCCACCCAAGGACUGAUGGGCACCCAAAAAUGUCUCCAGCUUUUCAGUGUCCUUUGAAGGUCACUCAUGGAUGGGCUCAGGCUUUCAGUAUCAUUUUCUUCUGCCCUGCCAUGGGCAGCACAGAGCGCAUCCCACUGCCAUGGAAACCAUUCCCAGGUCACCUUCACAUCACAGAGCAGGGAAAGCAGCCCCUCACCGACCCCUUGCAACCAGGAUUGCAGCAACAACUGCACAUUUCUGUCACUAACGUGCCACAAACAAACCGGGACCCUCUCCCCAGAUGGGGAUGGGGAGGAACAGCCCGGGCAGGCUCAGACUCUGCUCCUCCACUUGGAGUCAUUCAGGAGGGAAGCAAAGCCAUUGCCUGCUCCUCUGCAUCCAUUUGCAAUGGGAAUGUAACAGUUUGGAAUUAAUGUUCUCCACUAAUUGUGUGGAGAACUUCAGCAGCUCUGGAGAGCAGCUACCAAGAGGGAAGGUGCAGCUGGAGCUGCCUUCACACAUUUGACUGAAGCCACACAGAAAUAAAACGGACAGAAUAUGGGUAUUCAUUUCAGUCAGAGAGAAAAAGACAUUUCUACCAGGCUGGGCCUGGGAGAGAGUUGGAAAGGAAUGUAAAUAAUUCUCUAUCUCUCUUGUUGUUCACAUUGUUUAUAGAUCUGUUCUGCCGCCGUGCGUCAUUCAGAGCGCGCCAAUGGUGUGAGAUGCUUUUACUUUAAGACCAAUUAAAUUAGUCUGCAUGAUGUUCUCUACAAAUGGAGUGGUGCAUUUGAAAUAAAGGAGUUUUUUCAUCUCA